ACUGGAUUUUUGUCGAAGGAAGUGUUUUCUAUUGUUCGUAGGAGGUCAUUGCAAUCAAGCUUACCUUGGUAUUCUUAUAAUUUUCAUAAGGUGGUACGAACGAUAAAACAAUUGUUACAGCAUUUCCACAAUAUAUAUUUGAUGAUGGUGAAUUUAAGGUGACAAGGAGUACAUAAUAAUUAAGUGGAUUGCUGAUCUUUACUUGAUCGGCCAUCUUGUUGAGCCUUUUUUGGAACGCAGCUGAGAGAGAGGAGGUCGAGGCGAGUUUUUCUGUUGUUCUGAGCCUGAGGGCAGGACUGUAGAGAGGCCAGCUUUUCUACCUUUUCUCUUCAAACUAGUGGCGAGUUACGCAAAUCAAAAAUGUCUGAAUAUGAUUGGGCAUACUCUCUUGUUGAUUCAUCUAGAGUUUCCACUUUUCUUAUAUCCAUGCUUCUGAUAAUUUAUGGUAGUUUUAGGUCUUUAAACAUGGAUCAAGAGGAAAAAGAUAAAAACUUUGAAGAGAAGGAAACAAUGUUAUCAUCGCCACCUUCAAAUGUAAACAAUUCUAGUGAGAAUGUACAUAGUAUUGAUACAACUCAAGCCAUGUUCUUGCCAGUGGGUGCUUCCAUUUCGUUGCUUGUUAUGUUCUUUUUCUUCGAUUCCAUGCAGAUGAUAUUUGCAAUUUGUACAGCAGUGCUUGCUACUGUUGCGUUUGCAUUUCUACUUUUACCUAUGUGCCAAUAUUUACUAAGACCCUGUACUCAAGGUACAAAGAUAUCGUUUGGUUGCUGCGGUCGGUUUACGUCAGCUGAGUUGAUGUCUUUUUGUUUGUCUCUACUGCUUGUCAUGCUCUGGGUGAUGACGGGACAUUGGCUGUUGAUGGAUGCUCUUGCAAUGGGCCUCUGUGUAACUAUGAUAGCGUUUGUGAGAUUACCAAGCCUAAAAGUAUCAACACUACUAUUAAGCGGUCUUCUCAUCUAUGACGUGUUCUGGGUGUUUUUCUCUACGUACAUAUUUAAUGCAAAUGUGAUGGUUAAGGUUGCGACGAGACCUGCCGAUAAUCCGGUUGGAAUAAUUGCAAAGAAGAUAAAUUUUCCUGGUCUUGCAAAGGAUGCACCUCAAUUGUCCUUACCUGGAAAGCUAAUAUUUCCCAGCAUGCAUAAUUCAGGUCAUUUUUCCAUGCUUGGUCUCGGUGAUAUUGUCAUGCCUGGACUUCUGUUAUGUUUUGUAAUGCGGUAUGAUAAGUAUAAACGACAAUCGAAUCUGGAAGCUACCACCUCAACGGGAAUUCCUUUACCACCAACGCUCGCAGAUAAACUCACCUAUUUUCAUUGCUCUCUAGUUGGUUACUUUGUUGGUAAGUUAGAAAAUGAGAAGAACCUUUUUAAAAUGUAGCAUUUUGCUGUCAAA